UAUAAAUUAAUAUAUAUUCAACAACAACAGACACAAGUAAACACGUGUAACUGACAAUUCACAAAAAUCUAAAAACUUUUUUUAUUGGCUUUCGUGGUAUUUGUCGCUGCAGUAGAAAGAAGGUAAAUUUUUUGAUGGAACUAGUUCAACUGUCAAAGGCGCCGGGCGCUUCGAGCAGCGGCGGCAAAAAUGAGAAGAAUUCACAAUACCGCCAAUUGCGCCAGCUUAUAAUCAAGCUAUCGAUGGGCGAUCAGAUUGUGCUCUAUCGGAGCCAUCAGGAGGUGCAGCAGGUUUGCGAUAGCAUCUGGCGGAGCACACAUAAACGCUUGGACUUUCGACAGCUGGAGCAGGAGUUAAGCGGCGAACCAUUGGGAUAUUUUCUAAACAAUAUGAUGGAUCAUUUUCGUUAUGUGUAUUUCACAGCGGAUCGCCUCCAGGAGAACCUAAAUGUGCUGGAGCGUGCCGGCAUCAAAUCACUCAACAAUGUACAGCACUGUGAGUUGCUCUUGUCCCAGGAGCCGGUGCCCAAGCAGAAGACGAAGCGACAACGUGAGGCGGGCGCUGGCGAUGCUGGACUUGGACGGGUUGUUGGCAUUGCUGCAGUCCUUGGCGGCUCAAUGAUGCCACAAUGGCCGUUGCAUGCCUUGCCGAAAAUGUUGCGCAAUUUGCGCCGCCUCAAGGUGCACUGCGAGGUGCAGGUACAUUUUAUUGAACAGUUUCCACAGCUCGAGCUACUGGUGCUAAAUGGCGAUGUUGCGCAAUCGGCCCUCACCGGCAUUUUGGAGCGCUGCAAACAGCUGAAGCGGCUGUUCAUCAAAUGCAAGAAGGCGCCACCGAAUCUGCACGGCAUCUCCACCUGCAACCGUUUACAGGAUAUUUCGUUGCCGAUGACACUCUUCUUGCAGGCACGCGAUCAGGUCUUGGCGCUGCCGGCAUUGCAUUUGCUGGAGCUAACCGUCGGCGGUCAGAAGCCCGAAAUGGCCAUCGAGUGUUUGCGCUACGUGCUGGAGUUAAAGGCAAACGUCAUUGAGAUUGUGCAAAUGAACUGCGCCUGCUUUGAGGGACCAUAUUGGAUGCGCGAGGCGGGACUCGGUCGUUGCGGACGGCUGCAGGGCCUGGUUUUGAACAAUUGUUAUUUUCACGAUCGCGAGAUAAAUGAACUGAACAUGCCACGAGUAGAGAACUAUUUGGUAUUGAGCGGCUGUCCGGAUCUCAAGGAAUAUCAGCUGCUAGAUAUGAUCAAGAAAUGCCCGACCCUCUCGGAGCUAUAUUUAAUCGACUGCCCGCUGCUCACUGGCAAAGUGCUGCAUGGCAUCUAUCGUAUACGAUGCAGCGAGAAACUCGAUUAUCCCGUCAGCAUUAUCCUUAGCCGCUGCGAUACCAUAAGCAAAGAUUAUCAGGACACGGUCGUAUGCCGAUUAUUGGUAUUUUAAGCUUCCAGUUCUUAAGCUGGAUCGCUUGCUGGAAGAGAAUCGACCAAUUGAAGAUAUGCAGUUAUUCUUUUACAAGAGCAUCAGUACUGAAUGAAUUACUUUAUUUACUUACUAUUUGCAUGGCAUAACGCCCCCCAAUUAGAGAUUAUAUGUUCCGCAAAAAUAUUCAAAAGUCAAAACAAAAAAUAUAUUUAUAUGAUUAGUGCGUCUUUAUUGAAGGUAGCGCAUCCUUCAUGGAGUCCUCAUGGAGAAUCGGGCUACGGUUAAUCCGACACAAUUAUUUCUGUUAAUGG